AAAACCAGCCUUGUAGGAUACGAUCCCGUAUCAUCCAAUCAAACAUGCUGCGAAUAUUUGUGUACUCGAUUUUCUUGAUCGGCCUGGGCGCCAUCGGUGGGUUCAGUAUCUUUCAUUAUAACCUUCACCGGAGCAUCGAGCGAGCGGAGCGGAGCCACAACGAGACACUGGCCAUCGUCGAGGGGAAAUUCGUCGAGUCCGAGGCCGAGCGGGCUCGUUGCGUAUCGCAGGACAAUGGAAGGUUGGAGGAAAUGUCCGAACUGCGCGGGCGAUUGGACGCCCAGUACAAAAACUGGUAUGAUCUCACGGCUGCGCAGAGAACCUUGGUCUCCAAGCACCGAGAAAGCGCCCAGGAAGCACAGAAGUUGCGAGAGCGGAGCGAACGGGACCAAGCGGCACUGAAGGAGCUGGCGGGGAAAAUGGGGCAGAGAGACCGGGACUUUGAUUUCUUACGGGAAGACGCGGAGAAAAAGCAGCAACAGUUGAAAGACUUCGAAACCCAAUUGAGCAAAAGAGCUGGUGAGCUGGUCGAUGUUCGACGAGCACUGGAGAUCAAUGAGCGAAAGGGAAGGGAACUGGAAUCCGAAGUAGCAAAAAUGAAAAGCUUGAUGGAGCAAAAUACGCAACUCGAACGGGAAACCAUAGAAUUGCGCAAAUUGAUCCAAAGAACGAACCACGAGCUCGUGGGUGUUAAGAAUGAUUCGGAACGUCUCGACAGCGAAAAGGCGAUCCUUCAAGAAGAGUUAGCUAACCUGAACGAAGUAGUUGGCGGUAUGCAAUCGCAAAUCGAAGAAAAGGAUAAGGAACUGUUGGAGUACCGCCGAGAGGAAGGAAAUCUCGAAGCAAAAUUAGUGAAUUUACGGGAAGGAAUGAUAGGCUUGUUAAAAGAAAAAAUCCACGAAGCACAGGACCUCGAGAGUCACAUUGAUCAGCUCAACAAAGAAAAGGCAGCCCUUGAAGUCAAGCUCGACAACUGGAGGGAUGGUAUGCUAGCCUUAGUCAGAGACAAAAUGGAAGAAAUCCAACGUUUGAAGACAGAACUCACGGAAUCCCAAGAAAGCACAAUGCGCAUAAUGGACGAGGUCGAAAGUGCCCGUUCGGAUCAGGACAGAUUCGCAGUACUUGUAAACGAAAAACAGGGUACACUUGACGAAUCAAAUCCAGACGAAGAUGCAGAGACGAUUAUUGAACUCAAAAAUAUAAUCGAAAAAAUGAACCAAGAACUGCAAGAAUCAAAGGACUGGGUCAAUCGGGCGAUGCAAGAGAUUGUAUCGCGAAAAGCAGCAUGGGCUGAGUCGGAACAACUCAUUGCCGACAAGACCAACGAAAUCGAAGAGCUGCAGUCGAGGAUGGAAACCGACCAAUCAUCCGCUAGAGAAAUGAUAUCUAAGCUCGAAUCAGACCUUGAAGAAGCUCGGAAACAAGUGGACGAAAAGAACGCCCAGAUUGAGGAUCUCAACUCGGAAGUGACGGAACUUGUUGCCGAAUUCAAUGAUUUGAAAUCGGGUUUUGUGGGUGAUUCUGAUGCUGCAAAAUCAACGAGUGAAACUAUCAUCGAUCAUAUUCAGCAACGCGAUAGUGUGAUGUGUCGACAAUUGUACGUGAAAUAUUGCCGAACCAAUCAUUCACCAGAAUGAAUGAAACCACCCGUAUUGAGUGAACCAACACUUUGCCGAAACGAUACAUUCGCUGACACAUUUAGUUCUUCGAUUUUCUCUUCCGUUUCUUAAGGUUUGGAAAGGGACCGUACUACGUAAAAUUUGUUGUGCGACUUCCUGUCAUUGAUGAAUCCGAUGAAGAAGAAAGCACUAUAUUUUUCGUUGUUGAACUCUCUUCUCGAAAGCAACUUCCGCAUUCUACGUACACGUUCCUCGCUCUCGUCGAGUCUAAUCUAUACAACGAUGGCGCCGCAUUCUUGUUUGCUCAAGACGGCGGCCUGAAAAUCGGAAGCUCCCUCUCUCCCGAUGUGCCAAGCCUCCAACAAAAGCUGAGACCCCUCGGUUUGACUGGUGGAGCAAGCCUAAGCUUUCCAGAGACGUCCACCUCUGGAAAUCCUCUGCGGUGUGGCAACAAUUCCUUUGGCUUCGACUUGAGAGGACCAAAUCUGAACCUUUUCUUAUCAGAGGAGGACAACGAUAGAAGUGAAACCAGCGAUUGCUUUGCGCGCGUGAUUCGUGGAGAGGACCACCUCCCCCGCAUAAGAUCUUUGGUACUCAAUCGAGGAGUACCACUUGAAAUUGUAUCCGCAGAGCAUCUCCGAGUCGAUUAGGAUUUCGGUUGCUGUUGAUACCUUUACUACUUCUACAUAGCCACUCAUAUGUUUAGGGAUGGAAGAAGAACCAUCAAACCAGUAUGUUUCGUAGAAUUUUACAAUAUAUUUGGUGACAUGUUUGGAAUUCCUCCCUAUUUUGUUUCGUCUUUUCAUUCGAGCGCUCUUUGGAAAAGUUGAGGGGGAGCACCCUCUUUUUUCAAAGAUGCGCAUUGCAAAAUAUUGCGCCUGUGUCCUUGGAUUUCUCUUUUUCAAAAAUAAAUGGAAUCUCUCUAA